AUGUCUGUAAGUGUUCCACUGGCUCCUCCAUUCAAAGUUAAGGCAAGAUAUGGGUGGUCUGGUCAAACGAAAGGUGAUCUAGGGUUUUUAGAGGGUGAUGUUAUGGAGGUUACCAGAAUCACAGGAGAUUGGUUCUAUGGCAGACUGCUGAGAAACAAGAAGUGUUCAGGCUACUUUCCUAAUAAUUUUGUAAAUAUUCUGGAGGAACAAUUAAACAAAAGUAGUCGAAGUGCCACUACUGAAGUUGCGAGACCUGCUGCGAAAAUAUCUGUGCCACCGAUUCCGGCAAGAUCGAGAGGAAGAGCUUCAGAAUCCUCAGCUCCAAAAGAAAAACCAUCUUCGAAGCUGUAUGAGCACAGUUCUCGCUCAACGUCCGACCUUGCGCAGGAUACUAUCAACACCAGAAAAACGUUUCAUUACAGAUCGAGGCCUUCCCAUGAGGUAGCCGAUAGAUACGGGAGAUUGGGGAAUUCGCAAGAUGAUUUACCACCAUUGCCACCUAUACCUAAUAUGCAAUGUGAUAAGACUUCUCGGAGACUGCCGAAAUCAUAUUCUUCCAGCGACGUACCUUCCUCAAGCGACUCGAGAAGUUAUAAUCAUUACAGGGGAAAUCAGGCGUUCUAUGACGGUUACAAACCAGAAAAGUCUUCGCUGAAUGGAAACUCUAAUGCCUCGGGAAUCUUUUCCGAUUCACGGUAUCUUGCGACAUCUUCGGCCAGCAGUGAAGAGAGCUUUGCCCUGAUGAGCGACUUCAGCGCUACCAGUGCUGGUAGUUUUGCGAGACACAGAUAUGCCCAGUCAUUUACUGAUUCUCUGGAAAGAUCGCAGAGUCCGAGCUCGAAUGAAUUUAUUCAGGCGGAAUCAAAUAGCAAAAUGAGCGGCAUUCUUAAAAGGAUCACGCCAAAAAGUAACCCUGCAACUGGCAAGAGUAUUACAACACAGUCCGUUCAAUACCCAAGAUUGCCUGAUAUACAAAAUUUGAGCAUCUCCGCUAGCCACGACGAGGCCCGAGAUUGGCUCGCGGUCAAAACCCAUCUGAAUAGGUCACGGUCGUUGACCAAGUAUGAAAAGCAUCCUAGAUACAUGCGGGCACUAGAGCGCAACCGCGAUCUCGUGCUUCAUCCGCAAGACGCUAUUUACAACGGUUUGAAUACAAACGAAGUCACUUCUCAUGGUCAACCUGGAUUAAUUGAUAUUGAACUUUCUGCGAUGAACUUCGAUUAUAUCGACAAGAUGACAAGAAACAGAUGCGUCAAAGACGGCUCACUGAGACUCGAUAAUUGGGCGCAGACAACAUUUUCUGCCCGCUACUCGACGACCAUUGAGAAACUCAGAGGCAUCUACGUGUUCUGCGCUGAGACUUUUGAGUUAAUCGAUGAUCAUGGCUCUACCGAUUUUUCCCACUUUUCGAAGACACCCAAGAUUUAUGAUUCCAUACUUCAUCGCAAACAUUGUACACCAUACCAAUUGACAUGCCUAUACAAGGCUUUGACCAAUGCUUUGGGGAUUACUUGCGAGCUUGUUUUCGGGUUUCUCAAAACACCAACAGCUAAUGAUUAUGACUUCAAGUACAACCAUUGUUGGCUGCGAGUUUUGGUCAACAAAGAGUGGCGUUUCAUAGAUGUUAUCCUGGGCAACACAUCCAAUCCAAUCCAUGAGUUCGUUAAAAACAGAAAAAUAACAAAGGCAGAUGAUGACUAUUUUCUUGUCGAACCGUUGCGGUUCAUCUACACCCACAUACCGCAGAAAGAUUUUGAGCAACACAUCGUCCCCAGCAUUGAUAGACUAUCGGCACUUUAUUUGCCUUUAGUUUUCCCGUCGUUCUUCACAAAUGGUCUGAAACUCUACAAAUACAGCACGGCUCUUGCCUUCUUAGAGGAUUCAGAGAUAUUUGAAUGUUCGUUGGAAAUUCCAAGCGACAUCGAACUCUUUGCUUCUGUCGUGAUCCCCAGCACAGGCACCAAAGUGUCACACGAGUACAGAAAGAUGGAGCUUGCGCUGGUUCAAGUCAAGAGGCACAAAACAGACAACUCUCAAAGAAUAGCCGUGGUCAAGGCAGUACUUCCACCUGGUGCAAAUGAGGGCACUCUAUAUAUACAUUCUGGUGUCAGAGGAAUACAGACGACUGUCGCUAACGUGCAUCCUCUCUCCAUGAUGGUUCCUUUGAAGCACGUCGGCUCAGAAAUGAAGUACGAAUUCGCCGUUCGUAAGCCCUCGGAAAGUGUUCAAAAAGUCGAGAUGUAUAUCAUUGGACCUCAGAACAAAUUCCUAUUUGCCAACAAUGAAUAUGACUUCGAAGUCAUCCAGCAUCCGUUCGACAGCGUCAUAUAUUCGCCAACUGCCCUCGCGAAGAAUCGUCGCCAACCGAUGGCCAUUAAAUCACCCUCUGGAAAAAUCUACGAGCUACGCAAGAAUGACCCGCAUUUUGCAUAUGGUACUUGGAAGACGGCCGUCCAUGUCAGGGAGACAGGCACCUGGACCGGCCUGGUGACAGCAGAUUCCGGCGUUGGCUGGUGUGCCUUCGCAGAAUGGCUGUGUGUCUGA